AUCCUGCCUCCAGGGGGCAGCGACCGCAGCCUGGCUCCGGCGUGGGCAUCUGGGUGCCCGCGCCUCGCCGCUCUUCCUGUCGCUGGGCGUGGCGGGCCGACCAGCGGGCGGCCAGGGCGGGCGGUCGCCAUUCCCGUGUCGUUGCGCCCGCGGGGGCCGCCCGAGCCGGCCACGAUGCCUCUGGGCCUGAAGCCCACCUGCAGCGUCUGCAAGACCACGUCGUCCUCCAUGUGGAAGAAGGGCCCGCAGGGGGAGAUCCUCUGCCACCACUGCACGGGCCGGGGCGGCACGGGCGGCGGGGGCGCCGGCUCGGGGGCGGCCGCCGGGACGGGGGGCAGCGGCGGCGGUGGCGGCUUCGGCGCGGCGUCCUUCGCCAGCACCUCGGCCGCCCCUCCGCAGAGCAACGGGGGCGGGGGCGGCAAGCAGAGUAAGCAGGAAAUUCACAGGAGGUCUGCUCGGCUCAGAAACACUAAAUACAAAUCUGCUCCAGCUGCUGAAAAGAAAGUUUCCACUAAAGGAAAAGGGAGAAGACAUAUUUUUAAAUUAAAAAAUCCCAUCAAAGCUCCUGAGUCAGUUUCCACCAUAAUCACUGCAGAAUCAAUCUUCUACAAGGGAGUGUAUUACCAAAUUGGAGAUGUUGUUUCUGUGAUUGAUGAACAAGACGGAAAACCCUACUAUGCCCAGAUCAGGGGUUUUAUCCAGGACCAGUAUUGUGAGAAGAGUGCAGCACUGACGUGGCUCAUUCCCACUCUCUCGAGCCCCAGGGACCAAUUUGAUCCUGCAUCUUACAUCAUAGGACCAGAGGAGGAUCUUCCAAGGAAGAUGGAGUAUUUGGAAUUUGUGUGUCACGCACCUUCUGAAUAUUUCAAGUCUCGUUCAUCACCAUUUCCCACAGUCCCCACCAGACCAGAGAAGGGCUACAUAUGGACUCAUGUUGGACCUACUCCUGCAAUAACUAUUAAGGAAACAGUUGCCAACCAUUUGUAGUUUAAAAAGUAAAACUGGAUUUCCAGUUAUCUUGUAUUCGUACUAAUACAAGAUAUGCCACGUUUCUUUAAUGAAAUUCUUAGAUGGAAAAAUAACUAAAAAGUUUUUUCCCUACUACCUAGUAACCAUUAGCUUGUUUAUUACUAGUCACUUAGAAAGUUAAAAGGGAUAGAAAAGAAUUAAAUAUAUUUUCAAGUUAAAUAUUACAUAUAUGUAUCUUCCCAGAUAAAGGCUGUAAUUUCCAGGGAGACCAUUAGGAACAGAUAGUGUCUACUUUUCUCCAUAAUUUAUUUCUAGAAAAUCAUAAAAUGGAUUGUGUUUUUCUACAAAAACAAAAUAUUGAUUAAGGUUUGGAUUUCUCACCAGGGGCUGAAUCAAAUAAAAUGUAGCUGUAACCAACAGUAUCUAUCACCAAGUUACACAAGCUGUUUUCUCAUCUAGAAGAUGCUAUGACACACUAUUGGCUGCUUUAACUAUAAGGAAAGUGAUUGUUGGAUGAUUUUAUUGCCCAGGCUUUUUUAAACUUUCAUCUAAUUCUUCUGUAGCAAACAGGGAUUCAGAAUUAUUCAGUUGAUCUUAAUAGAGCCACUCUUCACUGUUUUCACUACCUUCUCAAUCAAAACCAGGCUUCCAAUCAAACCGUAAGAUUUUAUAAUGCAGUCAACUUCACUGAAAACACACAGGAAACCUGUACUGUGCAGACACCCCCCUUGAAAGCUUCUUGACUACCAUUCCAACAACCACUGGGUAGUCAUAAAAGUGAUUAAUAGGUCAAUAGCAUUGAUAUUUAAAAAAAGUCUACCCCAAAGUCAAACCAUCUGCUAUAGACUCAUAAUAACAGGCCUAAAAAAAUGGACUUCAAAGGCCUAUUGUUUAUGAAAUUGUCCAGGAUUCAGGUACAGGUUUCACUUCAAGUGCAGGUCAGCUAAGUCAGAGGCAACAACGGAGAAGUGGAAAGAGGUGGGUAUUGCACACACUUGCCUUUUCUGUCCUGACUCAGCAUUUUUCAACCCCAGGAAAAUUUGUCAGAACCUAAUUUAAUUAUAAUGAUUUUCAGCUGUAGCAGUUUUAACUGUUACCAUUUUUCUCCCAGUUAUGGUUUGUAUGUUGGGAAUAAGCAACUGUAGAUAGCUCUAUGUAUAUAGUUAUCUCUCUUUUCCCAAAAGUUAUAGUAAAAGGGAUUGUAAGUACCAUUGUAAAUAACUAAAUGCUAAUUUAAUAUUCAAACUUUUGUAUUAAAAUGUAUUUUUCACAAUGUAUUUACUUUAGAUUUAUUUCAUUUAAACAGUUAAUUAGGGCUUUCUACCCCAAAAUGGUAUAAAUAGAAAAAACCAGUGUUGUAGAACUCAUAAUUUGGAAUGACAGAUUUGUCAUCAAUAUGUAAUAGAUUUUAGGAAAAUCAAAGAAUGGCUGAUUGAUAAAAUGAACACUUAAUGUAAGAUAUUUAUUAAAAUGAGGAAAUAUUUAAAAACCAGUGUAUAUGCGGACCAUUUGUUUAUAAGUUGGUAGAUACUUGUGUAGUAUCCUUUAAAAUAAAGAUGGAAUUUUCACUUCCCUCCUCAAUAAACACCAAUGGCUGCUAUUGCUUACGGGGUAGAUUCAUACCUUUUCUCCUGUUAUAAAAGGUCUGCCCUGAUAUGGCCCCGGCCUUGCCUCUCCCUUCUCAUCACCACUAAAAUGUUUCCACUGACACCCUCCUCAUUCUCCUGGCUCUGAGCUCUUGUUCAUACUGUUUCCUCCAAAGGCCUUUCUUAAGGUCCUCAAAUUCUAUUUCCCCAUGAGACCUUUCCAGAUUCCCAUGGCUCCUUGAAAUCAAUCUCUAUCCUAUUCUGUUGUUGCAUUUAAGUUUCUACUUCUCUUGCUCCCACCCCCACAGCUGUGUUCUCUGGAGGGUGGAGAUGGUGUGUUUUAUUUACUCAUCUAUGUAAUUCCCAUAGCACCUAACUUGGUCCUUGUUUAUGGGAGGUGCGUAGUGUAGAGUCCAAGUUAGAUGCUGUUAACCAAAAUGCCUGUUGAUAUUUGAGUUAAUGCUAGUUCAUACUAACUUUGGCUUAAACUUCAAAUUAUCUUGCGAAUAGUCAA